UUCCCCGUUAGCACAAUAGUUGUCCUCCAGUUCAGACAAGCUCCUCGGUGUACGCGGGACCCACAUGUCCUGUCCCUGUCAGUCCCAAGACUUUUCCGUCUACCCUUCGGACAGGCAAGCUACUCGAAGCUUGAUCCCUCGGGCUCGAGCUCUAGCUCUAGCUCUACUGUUGCAUAUCACCGUCAUCUGUCGGAGACAAAGCCAAUAUGUCUCUGUCCCUUAAGCUCACUCUUUCUUCCCCGGCAACCCCUCAAACUCAUCAUCAAGCCCAGAGAAUCAACAACCUUCCAAGGCUCGACUCCUUCAGAUCCAUCUCCCGUCGGCCGUCAAGAUCGAACCUUGCGCCCGUUGCGAGGUCCGUGGGCGAGGGGUUCGACCGCCUACCUGCCGCCGAAGCCAAGGACAGGUGGGAGAGCUGGCUCUCUACGGCGGCUAGCCUGUACCCUGUCUAUGUGACCGUCGGUGGGGUUGUGGCCUGCUUGAAGCCGUCGACUUUCUCAUGGUUUGUGGAGCGUGGCCCCACUUCUUACAGCUUGUCCCUUGGGCUCAUCAUGCUGUCUAUGGGGCUGACAUUGGAGCUCAAGGACCUGUUCGCUCUGUUCAUGCAGAGGCCCCUCUCGAUACUCUUCGGAUGCGCUGCUCAGUAUACAAUUAUGCCACUUCUAGGAACGGCCAUUAGUAGAUUAUUGGGGCUUCCACCUUUGCUCUCGGUCGGCCUGAUAUUACUAGCUUGCUGCCCUGGUGGUACUGCCUCCAACGUGGUGACUUUAAUUGCUCGAGGCGAUGUUCCUCUGUCUAUCAUAAUGACCGUGUGCACCACUUUUGGAGCAGUACUCCUCACUCCUUUGCUGACCAAGAUCUUGGCAGGAACUUAUGUUCCUGUCGAUGCCUUUAAACUCUCGAUGAGCACAUUACAGGUAGUUGUUGCUCCAAUUCUCUUGGGGUCUUAUUUACAGAGUACCUUUCCCCGGGCAGUGGAAGCGGUGAUUCCUUUCGCUCCUCUGUUUGCUGUUUUGUUAUCCUCAUUGCUCGCAUGCAGUGUCUUCUCAGAGAAUAUUAUCCGACUUAAAUCCAUGUUCGUUGGUGCUUCGUUGGCGUCUGAUCUCUCUCCAUUGCGUCGAAUUACGUCUUUGUUAUAUGGAGAAGUAGGCUCGGUGAUCCUUUCGGUGCUCCUAUUACACUUUGGCGGAUUCUUUGUAGGCUAUAUGUCUUCGGCCAUUUGCAGGUUCAAAGAACCACAGCGACGAGCAAUAUCAAUCGAGGUGGGCAUGCAAAAUUCUUCACUGGGAGUGGUCCUCGCAACUUCACAUUUCACCUCGCCUUUGGUCACACUGCCAGCUGCUGUAUCAGCUGUCAUCAUGAACAUCAUGGGCAGCAGCUUAGGUUUCUUCUGGAGAUACAUCGACCCAUCUGAUCCAAAUAAGAACACCCUUGAGCCCGACAAGACCCGGCCAUAAAAAAUGCCAAUCGUCUUGGUCCGAGAUUGAGGCCAAACCUUAAAAUUCUCCUCCUCGGAGUGUAAUGUUUCUAGGUUGUGCUAUGUGAAGUUCUUGAACUGCUCAAUUCUAUAAAGAAACCAUGGUUCCAUUUCUUAUCCCUCCUAUGUUCUUGUUAGUGAGAGCUUUGGGAUGGCCGGCGUGAGCGAACAUCUUGCUGGUUGUCUUCACACAUAAUCUUUUGUUUAAACAAGGCAGUGAUCAAUCAUUGCAUUCUCCUAUAGAAGAAAGCAACCAAUAACUUCUGGUCUCCCUCCUUGAUUUCUUCUCCAUAUAAAAUUAUGGAACAUGAUAAAAACAUGGGCAACUGCAAAUAAAAUAUUGAACAUUGCCCCCACAUUUCUAAUCAUUUGAUUGCUUGGGCUAAACAUUUUGACCUGGCGAGUUUCUACCGGGCGCCUAAUGGAUAGUUCCAAUCUCUUGUAUGUCGUUGGAUUAACUAUUCAUGAUUGGAUUAAAAUUAUAAAAAGUUGAUCCGAUGGUAUAAAAAGUUUGGGAACUUUUCCUUCGGUGGAAGUACGCUUCUAUAGAAUGGAAAGUGACGCAAAUAUUGAGUGGCUAAUUGAUCCAUAGGAAAGCAUGAAACCUGAGGUAUGUCCAACAUUAGAAUAUUCCUCCUUAAAGCCUGCAAAAGGCGAGAUUUCCCAUCUCUAUCUCCCUCUUUAUAUUCUAUAUAUUCCCUCUGUUGCAAUAAAUCAAGACAGCAGCUGAGAGGAGAUCUGCAGGAGUUGCUGAAACUUCUUCCACUGCUCAGGGUGGACUGGGCAAGAUAUGGGUUGUAGCUCUCCAGAAACAAAGGAUUUCAUGGCGAAGAUUGGAGAGUCGGUCUCAGACUGUGGUCUUAUGCAUACGACCGUUGCACUGAGGAAUCAGUCGUCGGAAAUGUCCGGCAAUGAUGAUCAUGGUGGGAAGCCGAGGUCGGAGAAUGACGAUGUAUCCGGCCAACGAGGAACUGUCCAUUUCCUGCAAGAAGACCUGCCCAGAGAAGCUCAAACCAAGAUUCCGGCAUCCCCAGGAAAGAAAACAAGUACUACUGAAGAAGAUCGACUCUCAAGGCAUGGCGGCAUAAAUACGAGGACUCGGCCUCCUUCUUUGCUUGAGCAAGGUUUACUCCCAGAAUUCAGGAAGGGACCAAGCCCAUUUAGCUUCUCCGCAUCCUUACAGCUGACAAUAUUCUAUGCUGGCACUGUUCAUGUCUACGAUAAUGUUUCAUUUGAUAAGGCCCAAGCCAUUGCGCUUCUUGCUGGUGAAAGCUCUUCUCCCAAGUGUGGUUUUGUUCCUCGAUCAGAAGAAACCGAGAAAAGGAUUCAUAUAUCUCAACCUCAUCUACCGUCGAUGUUCAAAUUAGAAGCAGAUCUGCCAGUCGCGAGGAAGAACUCACUUCGCCGUUUUCUUGUUUUCUUGAAAAGCGUCAUCACAGGAUAACAAACAAGACACCAUAUGCUGCUGCAAAAUCGGACCAUCCCCCUGAAGUUCAGGCAACGUCAACAGACGCCAAGGCUCCGAGUGCGAAUGCCAACUCCUCUCUUUCACCCUUCCCUUGCCAUCUAUGAUACUUCUCUCCCGUACCAACUGCUAAGGGUUCUCAAUAAGAAAAACAUCCUAUUUUUCUACGUGGCAGUUGUUUCCAUGCGAGUUAACGAACCUCUCCGGUGUAUCCAACCUUAAAUAUAGUAUUACGUUUUGCUACUCCAGUUAUCACUCAUCGAAAUCAUAGCGAAACUCAUUUCAGUGGGCUGGAGUCAUCAACUUUGUACAUGCUCCAAGCCAACGGUCUAGCACGAGGACAAUGUAACUUAGCGGAUGCAGCUGGCAAUGUAUGUUAAUAUUAUAUUGGUGAUC